AUUCCUUUCCUCCGUCUCCUCUCUCUCACUUUCUCCUUCUCUCUCUGGGUUCAUUCAGGUAAUUGUUAGUAACAAUCAAACCAAUUUUCUUUUUUUUCCCAGUGAGAGUGAACAAGAGACAUCUUCAUUUUUCUAUUUUCCUGAAGGAUCCAGAAUUAGCUGUUUAUUCUUUGUUCUGUUAUGACAACAUAUAACAAGAAGUCUGCAUAUAUUGAUCUUUGCAGGAUAUUAGCAAGAUAUUAAAAAUGGAAGCCAUUCACAUCAAUAUGUCAAGCAAUCCUCCUAUGAAUCACACAACUAAUUCUGAACUCAAGACAAAGAGACCUCGGGUCAUGUCAAAAAGUGGACACAGCAAUGUAAGGAUUGACAAAGUUGAUGGCAUCUACCUACUUUACCUUCAGGAUUUAUGGACAACAGUAAUUGACAUGAAAUGGAGGUACAAACUCUCUCUAUUUGCUGCCACUUUUGUGGUGACCUGGUUCCUAUUUGGAGUCAUCUAUUUUGUGAUUGCAUUUAUUCAUGGGGAUUUGGAACCAAGUGAGCAUUUCCCAAAUCAAACAGCCUGCAUUAUGAAUGUCAACUCUUUAACUGGUGCAUUUCUCUUUUCUCUUGAAUCCCAGACAACUAUUGGAUAUGGUGUACGUUUUGUCACUGAAGAAUGUCCUCAUGCCAUUUUCUUGCUGGUUACUCAACUGGUUAUAACAACCUUAAUUGAGAUCUUUAUCACUGGCACUUUCUUGGCCAAAAUUGCAAGACCUAAAAAACGGGCUGAGACCAUUAAGUUUAGCCAUUGUGCAGUCAUUACCAAACACAAUGGGAAGUUAUGUCUGGUGAUUCAAGUGGCCAACAUGAGGAAAAGUUUGUUGAUCCAGUGCCAGCUCUCUGGCAAGCUCCUCAAGACUCACCUUACUAAGGAAGGGGAAAGAAUAUUACUCAACCAAGCCACUGUCAAGUUUCAUGUGGACUCUUCUUCUGAAAGUCCCUUCCUCAUUCUACCCAUGACAUUUUAUCAUGUUCUGGAUGAGACAAGUCCCCUGAGAGAUCUGACAUCACAAAAUCUGAAAGAAAAGGAUUUUGAAUUGGUAGUUCUUCUCAAUGCCACAGUGGAGUCCACUAGUGCUGUCUGCCAGAGCCGAACAUCUUAUAUACCAGAAGAGAUCUACUGGGGAUUUGAAUUUGUACCUGUUGUAUCUCUCUCCAAAAAUGGAAAAUAUGUGGCUGAUUUCAGUCAGUUUGAAGAAAUUCGAAGAAGUUCAGACUGUACUUUUUAUUGUGUAGACCCAGAAAAACAAAAACUUGAAAUGAAAUACAGGGAGGAAGAGCAAAGGGAUAGAGAACUUAGGACAAUGUUGUUACAACACAGCAAUAUGUAAUUAUUUUGGAAUCUAAAAUUUUAACUUUACAAGCUAAUUCUCCAAAUUAUAAAAGGGUAAGAAUCUGUAGAAUAUAAGCUCUUGAGGACAGAAACUAUGUCACUCUUGUCUUUGUAUCUCCAGUCCCCAGUAAGUGCCUUGCAUAGAGUAGGUAUUUAAUACAAGUUUGUUGAAUUAAAUUAUUCUGUCUUCUAUGAAGCUACUAAUUAUAAAUAUUUGCAGGGGCCAUUAAAAAAUGCUGUAAGGGAGGGGGAAAAAGUGGAUCCUUCCUUUAUAUUCAGCCAAAAAAAAAUUUUUUUCUACAUGAAAAAUUCCUUGACUGUACUUACUAUGCUUUUAAAAAAAAUCUCUCAAAAAUAAAAUAUUCUAAUAAUGAGUUUGGAAGAACUUGGUCAAGUAUAAUUCUAAGAAUUUCACUCCUUCCAGAAGAUUGAUAAACACCAAUGGAAUAAAUAUUUAAAGGAAACAGGACUGUAUAAAGAUAAUUACACAAAGUAUUUAUUUGAUUCAAAAAGUGACAAAAUAGACAAAAAUGAUGUAGCCAUAAUUUAAAUCUUGUUUCUUGGAGAAAAUUAUGUUAAUGUUUGCUUGAAUUGAUAAUUGGCUACACUUUAACAGAUUUCUAAAAACAUUAGUUUCUUAAGAUUAUUUACUUUUUACCACUUAUCUAUUAAAUGGUUUGCUUUAUAUUUAUUAUCUAGAGUGAUUAACCAAAACAAUGAUUAGAUAUCAUUAAAAUUUAUUUCUUCAGGAUGCCGUUUGAGAGGAUAUUCUAGAAAUGUGUGUGUUCAAGGUAAUUUGUUCAGUUUUGGACAAUAGGAAUGAGUAACUUUAUAAAUUAAUUGCUUUUGCUGGGUUGUUUCCUACCUCUUUUUUAUUUUUAUUUUAAACAGGACAUUGGAUUCUAGGAGGAAGAAAAAUGGAAAUGAUGAUGAUGUAAAAAAGAUAAACAUUAAUAAGAAUAUGUUUUGUUAGUUAAAUUACUUGUCUGUGGGCAUAUAGGAUGUGUCAGUGGUAGAAUUUGAUUUUACUGACUUCAAGGUCAUUCUUCUGUCCAUUAUGUCAUGACAUGUUUUGUCUUUCUACACUUGACACAAAAUUGUGUGAUAUAAUAUGUAAGACAACAAUGCUCACAUGUAUAUUUCCUUUCUUUAUUGAAUUCUUUCAGUUUGCAUUUGAUUCACUUGAGUACAAUUUUGCCUUAAGGUUUUCUCCAAUUUGCAGCAUAUUCAUAAAAGAUUCUUAGAAAACUGUAACAAUGAGGAGAACUUUAUGCAACAAUGCAUUGUUUGUAAUAUCUAGACUUAGAAUAGCAUAGGACACAUUCCCCAAAGGUAUUCAUAUUGUUGUGGAAGAUAUCCCACGUAGAUUACAAAAGAAAGAGGGAUUCAUUGAUAGUAAGGUCCCAUGAGAUCUCAUGUUUAUAGGUGACAUGCUGAGUUCAUCAAGCUCAGAUCACUGAAGAACCACUUUAAAUGAGAUUCAUAAACACUCAUGAGUUUGACUUUGGAAAGCAAAGAAGAUGAAGAAUACAUAUUUUUAACAUUGCGAAUUGUAGUUUGAUGGAAAUUCCAUAGACCUACUCUUUGAAGACAUACAUCUUGGACAAACAAUGUAGAUGAAUAAUUAAUCUCUCCUGUAAUUGAAAAGAAUGAAGAGCUGAAUUGCCUUUGGGAAAUCAAACUCCAAGUUUUUCUCUGAAACAAAGGCUUGUGUUUUUAAUAUUAGUAUCCUUCUGACAAUAUUUUGGUUCCAAGUUAUGGAAUACAAUGAUUUCUUUAAAAUUAAAUUCAUGAUUCAUUCACAUUAUAUAACUGGCAAAAUAAAUUACAAUAUCUUGCCAAUGAGGAACUAGAUAGCAUAAUCAGUGAGCUCUGGAUCUGGAG